AAAAUUUAAAUUUGAAAAAGAUGUAAAAAUGUUUGUUGACAAAGAUUUGUUUGUUGUGAAGGGAGCUGAAGGAAAUUGGAGAGAAGAGUUUAAUAAACAACAACGCAGGCGCAGCAGGAAAUUUAAAACAAGUUCUGCCUCGCAAACGAUGAAUUCUAGUUCAGAGCAAGGAUUCGCUGAGCACGGAAAACUAAUGUCUUCUGUUAUGCUGAAAUAUCAGGAGAAUUUAUACAUCAGAGACAAAGGAAAAGAAAAGGCGUAUAAUAGGUACGGGUUGAACAGAACUGUAGUGUACGCUCCAUCACAUCUCACACAUGUACAAAACACUGUACAUAUAAACUGGGACCGAUAAAAUGUACAUUUAUGUCUUUCCUUUAUUCACACUUUUAUCACAAAAAACACAUUUCACUAUUUCCUAUGUCUUACAUAAAUAGUAAAGGAAAUUUUGUUUAAAUGUGUGUCUUCUGUUUACCAUACCUCAUCUGGAGCAAGGCAUACUAAGGUAUGGGGGAGUAGGGCUUGUAUACAUUUAACUGUUGUUUAUUUUGAUGGGAUUUGCUGUUUAAGGUAAAAAAUAACAAUUUAGUAAACAAGAUCACCCAAAAAGAGCUAGACUUUUCUGAAAAUGUGCACCAGGUUUCAAGACUGGGUCGCAACGCAUUGGUUUUUAAUGUUCACUCACUAUCUCACUUAUACAUUUUUGUAGCCUUAGACGUGUACAUACUAGAACUAUAUAGCACUUGUUUAUCGCUUUAGUUUUAACAAGUUAUUGACAAAAUUCUUAUCGACACUUUUACGUGACAGGUUGCAACCUUUAAAUCACUAUCGUUGUUCAAAUUAUAACUUGCAAUUCAAAUACGCAACAGCCAAAUAUGUACACAAACACUGUUCCCCCUACUUUGAGUAUUUGUACCUUGCUAUUAAGUACGAUAUGGUAAAGUGUAUAUUGUAUUUAUUGUUGAAUAUAUCCUGGUGUAUUAUAUUGACAAAAUAGUUAAUAAAUGUUAGUAAACAAA